AGGGUACUUCCAAGAGAAUCAAUGGUCAGGGUAUGAACCAAAUAUGCCUCACGUGCAGGAAGCCGGGCCUUCACAGGGUCGAGAUGGAGAUCAACCUCAGCACGCGUCGCCAGAAAACCAAGGGCAGCAGCAGUUUCAGGGGCAAGGACACGGAUAAGGACAAAGUAGAAAUAAGAACAGGGGAAGAGGAAAUGGUCAGGGAGACUGAGGAUACGGAGGAAGAGGAAACGGGGGAUAAGGAGGAAGCUGGGGCAAUCAAAGAGCCCCUCAACAAGAAAAUUAUAACCAAACGAACUUCAACCAAAUCGGCCAAGGUUUCAAUCAAGGCUAUAACCAGGGUUAUGGCCAAGGUUAUAACCAGAACUACGGUAGGGGUUUUGGCAGAAGUGAUAGGCAGUGGAACGGUCAGGGAUUUUGAAGAGGAUGAAUUGAUUACAGUCCAGGCAGAGGAUGGCGAGGAAGUGGUAAAGCCAGAUGAGAUAGUAUUGGGAGAUGACUACGAGUUCAGUGAGGAAUUGGAGGGAGAAGAGUUUGAGCAAGGUGAAGUCUCGGAAGAUUUUCGAAAAGAGGAGUAUGACGGGUUCCACUUAGAGACGAGACUUCUUCUCUCAGGGGACAAGAGAGAAAAAGAGGGGAAGGAAAGGCGUAUAGCCAGGAAGGAAGAAGGACAGGACAAAUCUCCCGAAGAAAAGGAAGAGGAAGGAGAAGAAAAGAGAAAGCAGAAGAGAAAGGGAAAGAUGGAGGAGGCAGGACCAUCAGUGAGAGCAGAAGCAACAUCCUCCAUGGAGCCUCUAAAAGAUCAUGGGACGAGGAGGUUAACUGAGGAAGAAAGGGAGAGAAAGGAGGAUGAGAACAGGGAGUGGAGGAACCACGCCGUGAUUCACCUAAGGGAAAAUGAGCCGCCCAUGAACGCUCCCUGGAAAGUGAGGAUUGAAGAUAUAGUUUUGUCUGAGGCUGUGGCCAGCUCAAAACUAGUCUCAAAUGUGGACAGGCUAAUUAAGCUCAAUAAAAUGAUCAUAGAGGAUUGUAAGUGACUUCUUGAAGAAGAAGCUGAUGUGGUCGAAAAGUUGGGGAAAGUGGAAGAAGGAAGGAGAAGGGAAGAAAGAGAAAAGGAUUUGAAAUCCUCGAUGCAAAAACUUCAUUACAGGGUAAAGGAAAAGGAGGAGUUGCUCACGCAAGGAGUAGCCAGUGAAAUCCCUGAGAUCCUGAAAGAGAUUCUGAGGCUAAGGGCGAGAGAAGAAAAAAGGGAUUCACAACUGACUGAGUUGGGGAAGGAAGUGGAGAAUUUGAAGGGCGAAGUGGAGAAGGGAAAAAUUGAGCAGAAGAAGCUGGAGUUAAAGGUGAAAGCCCUAAAAAUCGUUCAUGAUACUAAGAGUCCGGAAAUGGAAACAGAAAGGGAGAAGCUGGAGAAGGAAGUGGAAGGGCUGAAAGUAAAAGUCAGUGAGCAAA